AUGGCGGAGGUGGAGGCGUCCAAGCGGCGCGCGCGCUCGGGAAGGGGAGGGGGCGUCAACAUCAUCGUGAUGAACGCCGUGCUCGAGGCCUGCGUGAGCUGCGGCGAUGUCGACCUCGCGGUCCAGCUCUUCGACGAAAUGCGCGGGCCCAUGGGGUGUGGCGUCGACGGCGUCUCGUAUGGCAUCCUGCUCAAGGGUCUGGGGAUAGCUAGAAGGAUUGAUGAAGCAUUCGAGAUACUGGAAUCAGUUGAGAAAGAUACUUCUGAUGGGAGCCCCCGGCUCUCUCCUCAUCUUAUAUGUGGUUUUCUAAACGCCCUUAUCGAAGCAGUGUUAUUGAAGGCGUCGUCGCGGCCCUCAUUGCCCGUCGUGUUCUCCAGGGGAAACUCUGAUCCUUGGGUCAGGUGGUGGUGGCGCUCCGGUGUCGUUUCCUUCCUGAAGGCGCCGCCUUGGAGCCCACGUGGCGUGCGUCUGUACCGGGUUCUUGAUGAUCGUUGCUUUAUAUAUGAAGCGGUGCGAAAGCCUUUUUCGAUUAUUUGUUUUUAUCACAAUAUUCUAUGCAUAGCUCUUUACCACUGGAAAGUUUUCUUACCUACAUUAGCUGUCCGGUUACUGAUGAAAUUGAACUUCACAUUUUGUCCAGGAGAUAUGAGGCGUGCCAAUGCUCUUGUUGCUCGUUUUCGCCAAGUCCUUUACGAAGGACAGUCUGUGUUACUAUACAACUUACUGAUGAAGGGAUACAUGAAAAGCAACUUCCCUCUUGGAGCGUUAACUGUUAAAGAUGAGAUCUUGCGUCAAGGGUUGAAGCCUGAUAGAUUGACGUACAACACCAUCAUUUUUGCAUGUGUAAAAUCAGCACAGAUUGAGAAGGCUUUCCAAUUUCUUGAAGAUAUGAAGGAUGAAGCUAAAAGGGAUGAUAAUCCUGAACUCCUCCCGGAUGCUGUUACCUACACAACAUUACUUAAGGGUUUAGGAAAUAGCCAAGAUCUUUAUUCAGUUCUGAAGAUUGUGGUGGAGAUGAAAUCGUCACUUGUUUCAAUUGACAGGACUGCAUACACAGCUAUGGCAGAUGCCUUUCUAGCUUGCGGGUCCAUUGACGGGGCUCUUUGCAUUUUUGGUGAGAUAAUAAAGCAGGCUGGCGACAACAAAGACUUGAGGGCCAAGCCUCAUCUUUAUCUUUCAAUCAUGAGAGCUUUUGCUACUAUAGGUGAUUUUGAUAUGGUAAGGAGAUUGAAAGAACGCAUGUGGCCAGAUUCAGUUGGAUCCAUUAGCCGUUCAGUUAAACAAGAGGCAGAUGAGCUAUUAAUGGAAGCUGCUAUAAAUAACAAUCAGGUAGAUGUGGCUAGAAGACUUCUCAGAAGAAUAGUUAACGGGAAGGAGCAUUUCUCUUGGAGAAGUAGAGUAGGCCUGAUUCUCUUGAAUGAUCCUGUCGAGAAGUAUAUGAUUCCGUUUCGAGAAAGUCAACCGUUAGGUGCUGACUUGAUCUUGGAAAAUGUUGCGAUGCGAUUCUUGAAAGACUCUGCGGUUCCUCUUGUGAAUGACUGGGGAAGUUGUGUUGGAAUAGUUCACAGCCGCGAUUGUACCAAGAUGGACUCGCCUCUUCUUUCAAUGGCGAGACCACCACUGUGCGUGCCUUGUUCAACCUCGCUGGAGCACGUCAUUGAUCUCCUCCUCAGAGAGAAGUGCGAGAUGGUGGUGGUGGUGAAAAGCGGUAACAUGUACGAAGGCAGCUACACAUCCAGCUCAAGGCCACUGGGCGUCUUCUCCCUCGGUAUCCUGUCGGAGGCCACGACCAACACGGCAAACACCCAUGACGAGCGCGUCUCCGGGGCAGCACCACCCGGCAAGGACCCUGAAGCCCGCGGCCGUGGCUGA